AAAAAAUCGGACGGUGUAAACGCAAGUAGAAGACCCACAGCUCUCUCUCGGUCAAACUGAAUAUCACGAAACAAGGGCGAGGAAAGGUCGGAGGAAGAAGACGAAGAAGAAACCGGAGAAAACAGCAUCAGAAAAAGCUCUCUGUGUCAUGGAUGUGGAGAGAACCUAAAAGUCAAGAUUUCUUGGCUUUGAGGCAGCCAUGAAGCGAUAUGUUUAUAUCAAUGAUGAUGAAGCAUCAAGACAACAACUUUACUGUGUCAAUCGUAUAUCAAACAGAAAAUAUACCGUGUUGAACUUCCUCCCAAAGAACUUAUGGGAGCAGUUCAGCCGGUUUAUGAAUCAGUAUUUCUUGUUGAUCGCUUGCCUUCAGCUAUGGUCACUUAUUACUCCAGUGAAUCCUGCCAGCACAUGGGGCCCGCUAAUAUUUAUAUUUGCAGUCUCUGCAACCAAAGAAGCUUGGGAUGACUAUAAUAGAUAUCUGUCAGACAAGAAAGCUAAUGAGAAAGAAGUUUGGGUUGUUAGGCAGGGCAUCAAAAAACAUAUUCAAGCACAGGACAUUCAUGUAGGGAACAUAGUCUGGCUUCGUGAGAAUGAUGAAGUGCCAUGUGAUCUUGUUUUGAUGGGUACCUCUGACCCACAGGGUCUCUGCUAUAUAGAGACUUCAGCCCUUGAUGGUGAAACUGAUCUGAAGACGAGGGUCAUACCUUCUGCUUGCAUGGGAAUAGAUUUUGAAUUAUUGCACAAAAUCAAGGGUCUUGUUGAGUGUCCUAAUCCAGAUAAGGAUAUUAGAAGAUUUGAUGCAAAUUUGCGCUUGUUUCCUCCAUUUCUUGAUAAUGAUGUGUGUCCUUUAACCAUAAAAAAUACAAUUCUUCAGUCAUGCUACUUACGGAAUACAGAAUGGGCUUGUGGAGUAGCUGUCUACACAGGAAAUGAAACAAAGUUGGGAAUGAGUAGGGGAAUACCUGAACCCAAGCUUACGGCAGUAGAUGCCAUGAUUGACAAGUUAACUGGGGCAAUAUUUGUUUUCCAGAUAGUGGUGGUAAUGGUUCUUGGUAUAGCUGGAAAUGUCUGGAAGGAUACGGAAGCAAGAAAGCAAUGGUAUGUGCAAUAUCCAGAUAAAGGGCCAUGGUAUGAACUACUAGUGAUUCCUCUACGUUUUGAGCUUCUAUGUUCCAUCAUGAUACCAAUAUCUAUUAAGGUAUCCCUGGAUCUUGUUAAGAGCUUAUAUGCCAAGUUUAUUGAUUGGGACAAUGAGAUGAUAGACCUAGAAACUGGUAUUCCAUCACAUGCAACAAACACAGCAAUAAGUGAGGACCUGGGACAAGUUGAGUACAUUUUGACUGAUAAAACUGGAACCUUAACUGAGAAUAGAAUGAUCUUUAGAAGGUGUUGUAUUAGUGGAAUUUUCUAUGGAAAUGAGAGUGGGGAUGCAUUGAAAGAUGUUGAGCUGCUCAAUGCCAUUGCUAGCAGCUCUACUCAUGUAAUCCAUUUUCUUACAAUUAUGGCAAUAUGUAAUACUGUUGUACCAAUAAAAAGCAAAUCUGGAGCCAUCUCAUAUAAAGCACAAUCUCAGGAUGAGGAUGCUCUUGUUAAUGCAGCUGCUCGGUUACAUAUGGUUUAUGCCAAUAAAAAUGGAAAUAUUCUUGAAAUCAGGUUUCAUGGUUUGAUAAUUCAAUAUGAAAUUUUGGAGACUCUGGAGUUCACUUCUGAUAGGAAAAGAAUGUCAGUGGUGGUGAAAGAUUGCCAGAAUGGGAAAAUUCUACUUUUGUCAAAAGGCGCAGAUGAAGCAAUUCUUCCUUGUGCCUCUGCUGGACAACAAACAAGAACUUUUGUUGACGCUGUGGAGCAAUAUGCUCAGUUGGGGCUUCGGACAUUAUGCUUGGCUUGGCGUGAGUUAAAAGAAAAUGAAUACCGGGAGUGGUCUUUUAUGUUCAAAGAGGCUAGUAGCACAUUGGUUGAUAGGGAGUGGAGAAUUGCUGAGGUGUGCCAAAGAUUAGAACAUAAUCUUGAAGUUCUUGGGGUUACUGCAAUUGAGGAUCGUUUACAGGAUGGUGUACCAGAAACAAUUGAGACACUCAGGAAAGCUGGAAUAAAUUUUUGGAUGCUAACAGGAGACAAGCAGAACACUGCCAUACAGAUCGCUCUUUCUUGCAAUUUUAUUUCACCUGAGCCAAAAGGACAGCUGCUUUUAAUUGAUGGAAAGACUGAAGAUGAAGUUUGUAGAAGCUUAGAGAGGGUUUUGCUUACAAUGAGGUCAACAUUUUCACAGCCAAAGGAUGUGGCAUUUGUUGUUGAUGGUUGGGCUCUCGAAAUCGCACUUAGACAUCAUUGGGAAGCUUUUACAGAACUAGCAACUUUGUCAAGGACUGCUAUAUGUUGUCGUGUCACACCAUCACAAAAAGCACAGCUUGUGGAACUGUUGAAAUCUUGUGACUAUAGAACGUUGGCAAUUGGGGAUGGGGGCAAUGAUGUGAGAAUGAUACAACAGGCUGAUAUUGGGGUCGGCAUUAGUGGAAGAGAAGGGCUGCAGGCAGCCAGAGCAGCUGAUUAUAGUAUUGGAAAGUUCAGGUUUCUGAAAAGAUUGAUACUAGUCCAUGGCCGGUAUUCAUACAACCGCACAGCCUUCCUAUCCCAGUAUUCCUUUUAUAAGUCUCUGUUGAUAUGUUUCAUCCAAAUAUUUUUCUCUUUUAUUUCAGGUGUCUCUGGAACCAGUCUUUUCAAUUCUGUCAGCUUGAUGGCAUAUAAUGUUUUCUACACUAGUAUUCCUGUUUUGGUCAGUGUCCUUGACAAGGAUCUUAAUGAAGAAACAGUGAUGCAGCAUCCACAAAUUUUAUUCUACUGCCAAGCGGGAAGGCUUCUUAAUCCUAGCACAUUUGCUGGAUGGUUUGGUCGGUCCCUAUUCCAUGCAAUUGUUGUAUUUGUCAUCAGCAUAAAUGCCUAUGCCUAUGAGAAAAGUGAAAUGGAAGAACUGUCAAUGGUGGCACUUUCAGGAUGCAUAUGGUUGCAGGCUUUUGUUGUUGCAUUAGAAACAAAUUCCUUUACAAAAUUGCAACAUCUUGCCAUAUGGGGUAAUUUAAUUGCUUUCUAUAUCAUCAACUGGAUGUUCAGUGCCCUUCCAUCAUCAGGGAUGUAUACAAUUAUGUUUCGAUUAUGCAGGCAACCAUCUUAUUGGAUAACUGUGUUUCUCAUUGUUGCCGCUGGCAUGGGUCCAAUUCUAGCUUUGAAGUAUUUCCGGUACACAUACAGACCUAGUAAAAUAAAUAUCCUACAGCAGGCUGAACGGAGGGGAGGGCCAAUUUUAUCACUUGGAAGUAUUGAACCACUGCAAGCUAGAACCAUAGAGGAAGAUGUUUCUCCGUUAUCGAUUACUCAACCAAAGAAUAGGAAUCCUGUUUAUGAACCUCUUCUAUCAGACUCUCCAAAUUCUACCAGAAGGUCUUUCGGGUCAGGAACUCCAUUUGAUUUUUUUCAGUCACAGCGAUUAUCAAGCUAUUCAAGAAAUUGCAAGGACAACUGAAAUAUACCAGCAGCAUGUAGGCAGCUUACCUGAAAAUGUUACGGGGUUAUAUAAUAUAUACCAACAUGUAUUUAGUUGUACAUUUUUGCUGACAAAAAAAAAAUGAAGAAAUUGUCUGUAAUCAAAACCAUCCAAAUUUUGCUCUACAUAGUUCCAUCCAGAAGAAACGACCCAAAACAAAAAAUUUACGUUCAGGGUAGCCAACGUAAGUAAAAAUCUUUUUGGUUCAGGUGUUGGUACUUGGGGCAUGUUUGCUUGCA